AUUUUAUGAUUGCAGAGCAAGCAUAGACAAUUAAGCGAAACCUAAUCAAUUUCGUAUUAAUACUUGCUAUUAAUUGAAAUAUAGUUUCUAUGGCGUAUAGAAAGAGUCGAUGAUGAUGCUCAUACUAUAAUAUAUCGAUGAUCUGUAAAAAACGCAUAAUACUUGGUCGGUCGACGACGUAUCGCACGUAUAAUUAACGCGAUGAGCAUAUCAUCAUGUAAUGCAUGUAAUACGUCUAUUCUAAGUGAAAUUAAAAGCAAGAUAUGGAACGUUGUCGCAUCGCGAGCAACAUCAGUCUUGUCGGGUGAAGUUGAUCGUGCGGAGACAAAGGCGAUUCUCGUCAUCUCGAGAUUCUUGAGCUCAUAUUCAACUGCUCGGGCUCGGAAUCGCAGCGCAGAUGCAAGAUCGCGAUAAGUCUGAUGUGGAUCGAUGCCGGAGCAGCCGGAGGCAAAUGUCGCGCCAUAUCUACUUGAUCGCAGCAAGUCUGAUGUGGAGAUGUGAACCGGUGCCGGAGGCAAAUGUCGUGCCAUAUCUACUCGAACGCGACGAAUGCAGACGAAUGAACCGAUUCCGGAACGAGUGGCAUCGUGAAUCACUUAAUUGAUCGUAACAAUUCUGACAUGGAUCGGUUCCAGGGCGGAUGACAUAGCGAUAUUUAUUUGAACGCGAGGAACAUGAAAGAGAGUUGCUCCGAAUGACAUAGCAAAUUAUUUUUUAAUAACUUGUGAGGAAGAGGAAGAAUAGGAAAUCUGACAAUAUCAAAAUAGGAGAAGGAGGCCUAGGAGGACAUCAGGCGUCGGUGGAGCAACUUUGCGAAUCAUCACAGCUACAUUGCUAGUAACUCCACUGUUGCGCAACGGUUGGUAAGUGAUAAAAAUUUGUAUUACUAAGGUAACAAAUCUAUGAAAAAUAUAUCAAAUAUAUCGUAUCAACAUUAUUACAAUUAUAUUUGAAAUAAUUACAAAAUUUUAUGGAUUUGUUAUCUUAAAAUAGAUAAGCUUUAAAAAAUUAUGAAAAGUAUAUAAUCUUGAGCUUUAUCCAAAUUUUAUUAUCCAAAUUUUAUUACCAAAUUUUGUGUACUAUUGUGCUUGAGAUUAUACUCGCACAGGUACAUGCGUUACACACACAGAAUAAGAGUAAGAAAGAGAAAAGAAGAAAGACGUAAUAUAGAAUUUCAUAGUUGCUUAUAUUACAUAGAUAGCAAAUAUAAAUGAUAUAAAUAGGAUUAAAUAGAAUUUCUAAUUCACAUACUCUCUUUUGUCGGUUGAAAUGCAAUUAGCUAGAUAUCUAGCUUAAAAGCAUCUAUAAGAUUCUUCUUUUUAAAAAACUGUACAUAAUUUAUUGCAAAAAUAGUGCCUCAGCCAGGGCUGGCCAUUCUGGUUGAAAAAAUAUUUUUUGUAAUAAAUUAUUUAGAUUGUGAAAAACAUUACCACAGUCAGGCCUGGCCAUCCUGGCUGAGAAAUUAUUUUUUGCAAUAAAUUACACAGGUAUACAAAAAAGUUGUUUGAACAGAAUACUCCAUUAAGCUAUCCUUAUGUAUUUUGAUGUGCUGAACACGAAUUUGGUGUUAGAAUUGUUCCAUUAUCCCUCCCUUUUUAAAUCGAAAAAUGGUCUAAAAAACCUUGAAAAUUAUUUGAAAAACACUUUGAAAAACACCUUGUAAAAGAAGAUAGGAAAGAAAAUGGGAUGGGACUUGUUGAAGAAAUUAAAGUAUUAUAUGAGGUUUUAGAGAUGGGACAGGAUAGGAGGAGCGAGUGAGUCAUAAAUAAAAUAUAGGGUAGAAAUAUAAGAAUUUGUGUGCAAAGAAGAAAUAGAAUGGAAAUGAUAGAUGGAUUGAAAAGGCAAAGAGAGUUAGAAGUAAAGGUAUAGCCAUGGGAAAUGUAUGAAAAAAGAACAAAGAGCCUAAAAUCGAGUCUUUAAAAUGUCUUAUGAUUUUAGACAUUGUGCUAUUUGGGAGAAGACAAAUGAUGAGAAUGGAGAAAGUGCAGAAAAGGUAUUUAAAGUGAGUGUUGAAAUGUAUGAUGAGAGAGAAAUUUCAGAGAGAUUACAGUUUAAGUAUGAUAAUUGAAUAAAUGCUAAUUUAAAGAAUUGAAUGAAAUUAUACAAACUUUGCCUGUUUUCUCUGUAAUAAAAAAAAUUAUAUACACAUAUACACAUAUAUAUAUUUUAAGGUUAUGAUAAUUUAUAUAUUCUAUGCUGCGAUAAUGAAUUAUUUGUUUUAUUUGACGUUUUGAACGUUAUGUAACAAUAUGUGUUAGUUAAUAUUUAUCUUUUUAUUUAUAAUCUGUGAUAGAUGUUAAAGAUGCUCAUAAUAUAUUGAUUACAAUGUUUUAUUCACUAGUGAAAUCAUGACAUGUAUGUAUAAUACUAAUGGCCUUUAGUCUUAACAUUAGCUUCGCUGUUUGAUAACAAAUCAACAUGUAUCAUUAAAACAUCGAGCAAUUUGGUUGAAAGAUACAUUUUUACUCUGCAAAUGAUAUAGUGACUAAAUUGAUAUAAAAAUUAGAUAUGAAAAAUUUUAAUGACAGGUAUAAUAAUGCGAGAAUAGUGACUAAAAUUAAUUAGUCAUGAGUAAAUGACGUAAGUAAAAUGUACUGCGAGAUAUAUCUUUGGUUUGAUCUACGAUUUCUAAAAACUAUUACAAAGCACUAAGUACAUUGUAUACUUUUAUUAUAUAUAUUCCUCGGUAAAAAAUAUUUUUAUAAUAAUUUACGUAUUUCUAUAAAAAAAUUAAAACUUUUAAUGACAAAUAAAAAUUUUCUACAAAUUUGUGAAAAUAGCAAAAAUUUAUGGUAAGUUGUAAUAAAUUGUAGUGAGUUGUAAGAAAUAUUUAUAAUUAUUAAUUGUGUCAUAUGAAUAUUUACUGAGUUAUUGGGGAGAAAAAAAACCAAGAUUCAUAAUUCUUUUUUCUCCUCUAUUACAUUGCAGUAUAUCAGUUAAUAUAUUUUAUCUUUUUUUCUUAGUUAUAAAAAAGGUUGCUUUAAAUUAAAAUUGAUUCGUGCAUAAAAAAAUUUCAAGAAAAUAUGUUACUUAAAACAACACAUUACCAAUUUUAUUUAUCUCGUUCUGUUACCUAUUAUUAUAUUAUAUUGUGGACAAAGGAUGAUAACUUCCAAUUACUGUUGUGCAACAAAAUAAUAAAUCAUUAUCGUUGCAAAUCAUGACAAAGUAUCUUGUCAUAUAAGCUUUAUUCACAAUUACGUUGACCGUUGCCACUGUUCAAUACACGAUGAACGGCGUGAUGUGGAACAAAAAUAAAGAGACUUUUGUGCCAAUUUCUAAUGUGCCGGUGUUCGCUAUGUUGCAACAAGAACGUCUUAAACAAAGUCGAGCAUUGGAAACUCAUAAUUUCCAACUGCAAAACUUGACUCUAACAUCUUUUGAGGUACACUUUCACGAAGCGCAAAUUAGAGUUUUUGUAUAUCCUCAUUCUUUUAUUUUUAUUUUAUUAAAAUCAGUUUAUGAACCACAUUUCUUUGAAUUUUCUGACAAUGACAUGAAAGUUACAGGACUUUGCGGUGAAUUAUGGACUCUUCUUUCUGAAAAAUUAAAUUUUACAUUGCAACCAGUGAGAUCAAAUGUAAGUGGCUUAGGUGCAUCGGAGAGAAACAAUACCGUUUUUGUACAAGGAUUAUUAGGCAUAAUUUCUCGCAAUGAAACAAUCGCGAUACCCAAAGUCGAAACGUACAAUGUUCGACGUAUAGCUACUGACUUUACAAUACCUUUAUGGAUGAACAGCCACCGAUUGUAUGUUCAAAGAGAGAUAAUACACGACAGCGCAUGGAUAACAAAAGUGUUCUCCUGGAAAAUAUGGUGCCUUAUAUUAGUUAUGCUUUUAUUAUUAAGCGCAUUUAGUUUUUGGUCACAAACUGUUUUUGUACGAACUGGAAAUAACAGCAGACGCUCGACCGUUAGCGAUCAUAUUUUUUAUAAUUUUGGAAUGAUUUGCAAUCAAGCCUAUAUUCCCAAUGGUCUUAUUGGAAGAUCAAGAGUAGUAGAAAUAUCGCUGGGCCUCUUUUGUUCUAUACUGUCCAUGGCAUUUGGAGCUUUGUUAUUUAUUUAUAUAGCAAAAAGAAUUAAUAUUAAACCGCCAUUUAAUACUCUGAACUCUUUGAUGACUGAUACUACCUAUAACGUUAUUGUCUUGAAAGAUUCUAUUGGAGAUAUCGCGUUUAAGGUAAGCUCCGACCAAACUUAUAUUCGGUUGCGUAAUGCAAAACGCGUUGUUAUUACAUCAACAGUUGAGGAAAUGUUUAAAUUGGUAUGUAUAAGAGGCAAAAAGAAAUACACCGUACUCCAAGGUGAAGAUGAGUAUAAAGCAAGAGGUCAAAUUGGAUGUUAUAUAACCCCAGUUGGAAAAUCUUUGUUGAAGAUGUGGAUAGCUUCUGGUAUUACGAAGAAUUUUAAAUACAAAAGAACCAUUGAUCUUGGGAUGCUUAGAUUAAAGGAAGUUGGAUUGUGGAAUACGUUAACACGUCGUUGGUUGACAGAGAGACGCCAACAUAGCAAUAAUAUUAUAACACCUGAACCGAUUGCGAUAGAUCAAGUUUUCUUAGUAAUUUUAAUGAUGUGUGCUGGAAUGAUAACAGCUUUUAUUAUUUUCAUAAUUGAAAAAAUUGUGUAUGCUUAUAAACGCAAGCUGUACAUUAAUUUAUAUAAAACUAUUACGUCUCUCACAUUGUAUGAAAUUUUGCUAUCGUCUAAAAACUCUAAAACAAUGAAUGGUGUGAUAUGGAGUAAAACACAGAAGACUUUUAUACCAAUUUCUAACGUACCGACUUAUGCCGCAAUGCAACAAGAACGCCUCAGACAAACUCGAGCAAUUGAGGCCCAUAAUUUUCAAUUACAAAACUUGACUUUAACAUCUUUUCAGGAGCCGCAUUUUUUUCAGUUUUAUGAUAAUAAUGCAAAAGUUACAGGACUCUGUGGAGAAACGUGGAAUCUACUUUCCGAAAUGCUAAACUUUACAUUGCAACCAAUGAAAGCAAACGUAGACUACCUGGGUAAGCCCGUUUUAACACAAGAAAAUAAAUUGUCUUUUGACGGAUUAUUAGGUAUUAUUUUUCAUAACGAAACCAUUGCCAUACCAAAGCUAGAAACUUUGCCAAGGCGAUUACUGGCUGUUGAUUUUGCAACACCUUUUUGGAUAAACAACUAUCAGUUAUAUAUUCGAUCGGAUAUGAUAAAGGACAAUAUGUGGGUAGCAAAAGUGUUUUCUUGGAAAGUAUGGUGCAUUGUAUUGGUUACAUAUGUACUACUGAGUCUAUGCACAUUUUUGAUACAAUAUAUCUUUAGACAAAGAAAUAAAGAUAAAUAUAAAAAUGUGACUUUCGGCGAACACUUAUUUUAUAAUUUUGGAAAUCUCUGCAAUCAAGGUUAUAUUCCCCAGUAUCCAAAUGGAAAAUCGAGGAUAUUAGAAGUAACGUUGGGACUGUUUUGUUCUAUAAUAUUUAUGUCAUUUGGUGCUUUAUUAUUUAUUUAUCUAACGAAAUCCACUAUUGUGCUACCGUUUGACAGUUUCAGUUCUUUAGUGGCCAAUACUAAAUACAAUGUUAUUGGUCUAACUAAUACAACAACAGCAUCAAUGCUUAUGUUCAGUGAUAAGGAUCCAAUUCCAGAAGUAAGGAAGACAAAACGCUUGAGCAUAGCAUCAACAAUUAAGGAUAUGCAUAAAAUGGCAUGUUUCUCAAAGAAAAAGAAAUAUGCUAUACUUCAAGCCGAUGAAAUGCAUAAAGCGAAUGGAGAUAUUGCAUGUCAUUUGAUUAAUGUUGGUGAUUCUUAUGGUCAAGCAUGGAUAGCUUCUGGCAUUGUGAAAAAUUUUAAAUACAAAAGGACCAUCGACCUUGGGUUACUUAAACUAAUGGAAAUUGGACUAUUAAAACUAUUAAAAAAUCGUUGGUUGGAAAACGGAAUUAAACGAAAUUAUGGUAACAUUACACCACAACCAAUUGAAAUGCAUCAAGUAUCUUUAAUAAAUGCAACAAUGUGGUGUGGAGCGAUUAUUGCUUUCAUUAUUUUUAUAAUUGAAAAAAUUGUAUAUGCGUAUCAAUUAAAGCAAUUGUAAUUAUUUUUACUUAUAUCUGAUUGCAAAAAUCUAUAGAUUUAUUUGUAAUUAAUUAGUAUUAAGAAGUUCUUAAAUCAUAAUUAAUUUCGUAACUAAAUGUAUGUAGAUUUUAAUAAUGCUUCUGAUGCUUAUUAUAAUUAAUACAGUAUUAAAUUGGUUAGUUUUUAUAAGGGAUAAGAAAGAUAUG